AUGAACAGCACAACGAGCUGCAUCCAUGCAAGCGACUCCUCUACGGGGUUGAGACUUCCCAUACCCAUACACCGCGAGACACAACCCUGCCGCUUCCGUGGCGAAGCUCCGCCCGCACGCAAUGCCGCUUACAGGACAGUAGGUAGUGGCUUGCUAGAAAGGCCGGCGUGGACUACGAUACCAAAACAUUCCAUCAUUGACCUGCCGCUCGACAUUCUACGGCUGGUGUUUGACUACCUCGAUGAUCCGCUCGGGGACUAUUGUUCGCAAGGCCUCCGCGACAUUGGCAACGCGCGUCUAGUAUGCCACGCCUUCAAUGAGACUGCCUCGCCCUUCCUUUUCCGGACCCUUCGCGUCUCUUUAGACGAGAAAUCGCUAGACUUUGCUGCAAAAGUCUCCCUCAACCCUCUCUUUGCCAACGGGGUACGAAACAUCCUGGUCCGCCUAGCCUAUCGCCCUAAAGAGCUAGCGGCAGACCUCCCUACCUUUGCGCGGUCCAGGCUGGAGAAACUGGAUGAGCUUUCCGGUGCUUGCCACCUAAUGAUCGCCCGCUACCGGAUGAUGGGUGGGCCCAGGGUGUCUGACCCCAAGGCUUGCUCGCUGAUUAGCCAGUGCGAGGAUGCCGUCAACGAGGCCUACUACCUUUCUCGCGCUUGGCAAUCCGUCGCUACUCCCGCCGCGCGCGAAUCCCCCGAUAUCUUGGCCGAUAAGAGAUACAUUGCGGGACUUAGCCUCAUUAGGGAGGGCCACAAUAGGUACAAGCUCGAGCGUGAAAAGCAGUGCCGAUUGAUUGAAGAAGGCACCUUUUCUCGGUGCAUGGUUGAAAUCAUGAAGCGAUUGCCCAAGAGCAUUGGGCUCGUCUUCGAUGACUCUUGCGCUCCUUCGCCGGACCCCUGGACCUCUUUGACGGACACGACGAACAUCGCGGACAUGGUAAUCCAGCCGGACCGUUGGGAAUCGAUUGAGUGUCUGGAACGAGUCGCCCCGGGACCAAUGUUGCCAGCCAAGAUUUUCUGGCAACUUCCCAUCGAGCUAAGGGCAGCCGGCCAACCCCUCAAGCGCCUACACAUUUCAUGUUUCCCUUCUCGCGGUGACCUCUCGGUUCUCUGCCCAUCCAGCGAUUCGGGGCUGUACGCCUUGCGCCAGGCCUACAGUCAGCUGGAGGAGAUCAAAUUUGGCGAAAAGUUCAAGAGCUGGAACCGCCAAAACGACCAGUCCUUCCGCCUCCAGGAUCAGGUCGAGGUCCACUUGAACUCCUUUCUUGGCGCGGUGCUCUCUAGCCCUCGGCUGCGCUACGCCGACAUCAACCUUUGCGGCUUUGGUCUCGCCGAGGGCGUCAACGUGUUUUACCCAGCGGAUCCGCUCGUCGACGCUAUCCAGUCGCGCACCUUGAAACAAAUACGCCUCGGUGAUGUAUCCUUGAGCGCCAACCGACUUGAAAAGCUCUGGAGCCUAUUAGAUAAGGGCCUCAGCAACCUGGUCCUGUCUUCGAUCUACCUUGAUAGCGAGAAUUGGUGUGGUACCAGAGACUUGAUCAUCAAGAGGUUUUCGUCCUGCUACCUAAACUCACAAUGCUAUCUGUGCUUUGAGAAGCUCGCUACCGGCGCUUACGGAGUCUUUGACCUAGAGAUCAUGCGUGAUCCCAGGAUUCAGACUUCCAAACGCUUCGUUUCUGAGAACCUGAUUAUCGACGCGAAUGAUAACGUGCUCCACACGAGAGAAUACUAA